AUGACAGUGAUGUUAACAACGUUGAUCCCACUUUUGGUAAUUGAGUGCAUUUCUCGUGGCAAAUAUUUCGUGUUUGCUGUACUGAACGAAACUUGUAAAACUAACGAGUGCAGCAUUUGUUGUGUUGACAAGAUUUGUGCACAAGGCAACUAUCCUAAUGAUUGCACAAAUGGAUGCAUAGAUGGCCACAGAGGCGCUCGAUGCUAUGAACUCUGCACAUAUAAUUGCAAGUCUUGCAAAAAUAAUAUUGAUAUAUGUGAAUCGUGUUAUGAUGGAUUUUACCUAGGCGACCGAAAGGACUGUGCAUCAAAAUGCCCUCCUAACUGUAAAACGUGUUCUUCGAAUUUGCAUUGUAAUACUUGUAAGGCAGGAUUCUACGACAAGGGCGGGUCUUCUACCUGUGACUAUUCUAUUUGUCCUACACAUUGUGAAUGUGAUGAAACCAACUGCGUUGCUUGCAAGAACGGUUAUUAUGAUAUAGAAAACUCCUGCAACAAAGCAUGUCCGCUUAACUGUUUGGCUUGCUCAACUUUUAAACAGUGUAGUCAAUGUCAAAAUGGAUUUUAUAACGGUUAUGGAAUUCAUAGUGAUAUCAACGUCCUUUUAAAUGACUGUACCUAUAAAUGCAGAGAUGCAUGCAUCAAUUGUUCCUCAUACGAUAAUUGCGUGAAAUGUCAAGCUGGAAAGUAUGGACUACAAUGUCAAGAAAACUGUUCAGUUGGAUGCAAAGAAAAGAUCUGUUUGAUAGAAACAGGCAAAUGCAAUUGUACUUCUAACUUCUCUGGUGAAAAGUGUACAGAAUGUGUAACUGGAAAAUAUGGGAACUUGUGUGAACUAUUAUGCCCGAAUAACUGUAAUAAUACAAUCUGUCACAGGCUGUCAGGUAACUGCACUGACGGGUGUGUAAAUGAAACUAUGUCCGGCGCAAAAUGCUAUGGAUGUGUUGUUGGAAGAUAUGGAAACCUUUGUGAGAAUAUCUGUUCAGAAAACUGUAAAAACAGAAAGUGUGAUAAAGACAACGGAGACUGCACCGACGGAUGUGAAGCUAAUUUUAAUGGCACAACCUGUACGGAAUGUAUAACGGGCAGAUAUGGAGACAAAUGUCAAUACAUCUGUCCAGAUACAUGUGCAGAUGAUAUGUGUAAAAUGCAGUCAGGCGAUUGUUUCCAGUGUACUGGCAACUUCGACGGAAAUAAGUGUGAUAGUUGUAAACCUGGAUUUCAUGGGUUAAACUGUGAUCAAAAUUGUUCUAGGAAUUGCUUAAAUAAUUCUUGCGACAAAAUAUCAGGAACAUGUAAGAACGGAUGUAAAAGUAAUUAUUCUGGGGACAAAUGUUGCGUUAAUAAUAACAACUGUAUAUAUUGCUCAUCAAACACCGAAUGUCAAGAAUGUAAAUCUGGUUUCUUCGGUGAUUCUUGCAAUAAAACAUGCAGCAGCCUUUGUAUUGACAAUGUAUGUAGUCAGGAAAAAGGUGUAUGCAUAAAAGGGUGUAGUGGCUCACAUGAGGAUCCGGCGUGUCCUGUCAGUUUGGGUCAAACGUCUACUACUUCACCCUCUAUUGGUCCUAUCGCGGGAGGUGUUUCAGGUGCUGCUUUGGCUGUUAUAAUUGGAAUUGUAUUUGCAGUAUUCUUCGUCAAGCGAAGGCGCACAGGGAAACCUUCUGAACAGCAGAACGACGGUGCUAGGACAGAACAUGCAAGAGAAGGACCUGUAUACGAAAAUUAUCGUGAAACGCAGUUACUUGAAGAUGAUGAAGAACGAAAUAGUUAUGCAACAAGGAAGGACUCAAACACCGCAGUAGAUGUUAAUGAAGUAGAAAUAGACGAACGGUCUAAUGAUGCUGCUAGCAGGCCCAGUGAAACGUAUUACAACUUCAGACCAAACAGCCAUCGGGUGAAAGUAAACGUCCUGUUUUCGUAUGUCACGGAACACGUAGACUCAUUCGCAAACGAGUUUGGGAAUCUUGCAAAAGAUUUGGAUUUGACACAACAUUGCACUUUUGCGAAGAAGCCCGAAAACCUACCUUUAAAUAGGUAUAAUGGCAUAUAUCCGUACGAUCAUUCUAGAGUUACUAUAUCUGCUCAGCCAGGAUUCUUCAUAAAUGCUUGUUACAUCGAUGGCUACAACAACAGAAAGAAAGCGUAUAUUGCGUCCCUAGGUCCUACUGCAAAAACAACAGACAAGUUCUCGACUUUCUGGCUUAUGGUUUGGAAUGAGAAAUCUGAUAUCAUUGUUAUGCUGACCAAUCUCCGUGAGGCUUCGGGAAUGAAGUGUGAAAACUACUGGCCAGAUUCAGAUAAAGAGGAGGUCUAUGGUCAAAUUAGAGCGACAUGUCGUAGUAUUGAAGAUUUUGCUGAGUAUACUGUCAGAACCCUCUCCAUAUCAAAGGAUUGA